AUUAAAUAAAACUCUCCUAUUUUGCUCUCGGUCUGUUUGCCUGCACCCUGCUUCCACGGUGUACGGUUUCCAGCCUCUCAGCCGAAGGGUGAUGAAAAACUGCUGAUUGGUGCAAACAAAUUUCCGCAGAAACCGUCAAUAAAGUCAAGCCACGUUGAUGAGAUGUUGGUCGGUCAAGCCGUUACGUGUUUUGUGUAUAAGAAGAAGCUACUUCCCUCCCUCCCCACAUCAUCUCCUGUCAGCAGCCGAAACCGAUGGUUCCGCAAUUCUAUGCAACGGUUGAGUGUAUGUAUGUGUGCCCCUGGUCGGUUUUUUGGUGGGCGGAAGUAGGGUGGUAGUGCAAGUGUUAUCCGCAGAGUUGAGCAUGCAUGUAAAAAUAACUAGACUCUCGAUGCCAUUUUUUGGGGGCCAGAAUUAUUCGGUUUUGGGCAAUCAAAUUUCCUGUGUGACAAGCUCUCGGUAUACUCUGUAACCCCGAACCUCGGUUUCAAAGGCACAGUGUACAAUCUUUAUAAAUAGUUCAGCGGUUGUCGCCUCACAGGACAGAGGAUUGAACGGAUCACCCAGGCAAAAAAAAAGGGAUGCUCUUUGUCGAAUCACGACGCUCUUGUUGUCGGACUGUUAGCAGAUGCGAAUUUUAUUUCGGUUAUGAAAGCGAAAUCCUUGUCAGGCGAAGAUUGGAUAAGAUUCGAAAAAGGAGAUUACCCACUUUGCGCACGAUACCACCGUCAGCCGUGGGUCGCACUGUUGUUGGUGGUUUGCCUAUAGCUUCUUCACGAACUCUGAAUAGCGAACAGGUCAGCAAUCAGACCGGCAGCCGUCAUUAUCAGCUGCUCACUAGGAAAUGUAGAGAGUAAACAAUAUCCUAUCAAUUAUGGAAGAUACACGACGUGCCCGGAAGGACUUCAAGCAGCGGCACGCUGACUCAUGGCCAAGUCGAACCUCACUGCCGGCCAGUCCGAAAAUUAUCAAAACAACCGACGACGAUACCGAGACCAACAGUACUGCCCCGGUGUUCGAGUAUUGUGAGCUGUCAACGCAAGCAUCAUCCAGUUCACGUUACGAAUAUGAUGCCAUCAGCCCUCGGUUUGAGCGUAAGCGCUUCGAAUACUGCUAUCCCACAGCGUCCAAAGAAGACUGCACCGCCAACAGCAUAUCAAAGGAUAAUCAUGACCUAGAUCGUAAGAAAAAUCGAAUUUAUUCCAACAAAACGCCGGAUAAUUCCUCCGAGAAUGAACCAAUCCUGGUCGAAUCGAACGCUAGUUCCAGCUCACCGGCCCCCAGUAGCUCAAGGGCAAAGUCGCCCAACCAUUCACCUCGUUCCACACGUCGCCAGCUCAACAGCGAGAUUAACAUCACGUCCAAUCCUGGCUACCAGGUACUACGGAACUCCCACUCAACACUGGAUCGCACAUGUUCGGACAGCGUGGUGUCGCUCAAUUAUCACAAAUCGACCAGUGACCUAACGCAGACAACGGAUGGUAACGCGGCCGGACUGGGUGCAGUCGGACGGAAGGGUCGCCGUCGAAGCAGUCACAAGGGGGGUGGCCUUGCCUAUCUGGCCAGCAGGAGAAGCUCACGGGAGUCGAUAAAAAGUGCCGCUUCGAACACGUCCGUGUUCUCCAACGAGGAUAUCGGUCCGUUGGCCUUCCAGGCAUCCGCCCGCGGCCGCCAGAGACGGACGUCCAACUUUCUGGAGCUGCCGAUUCCUGACCAUGCGAGGCCUCGAGUGUGUUCCUUGCCCGAACGUCCGUACAAUCCCAGACAGAGUGACGAUCUGUACCGGCUGAGACACUUUUCCAUCAGCAAAGGAACGGUCGUCAACUGCGGGGACUCGAUUAUAUCGCGACGCUCCAAGAGUAACACUAGCGUGAAUUCCACGGCAAGUCGAGCCAGCGAGCGUUCGCCCUUUGACGGGUCCUGUUGUGGGGGUGGAUACGCAACGGUGGAUUCCCUACCAUCAUCUCCGGUCGACGACGAAGACGAUAGCGAACCGAUCCCGACAAGAUACCGGGUGGUGAUGCUUGGUGACUCCGGCGUAGGCAAAACCGCUCUCGUGUCCCAGUUUAUGACGUCCGAGUACAUGCACACGUACGAUGCCAGUUUGGACGAUGAGUUCGGCGAGAAAACCGUUAGCGUCCUGCUCGAUGGCGAAGAGUCGGAGAUGAUUUUCAUCGAUCACCCGAACGUGGAGAUGAGUGUGGAAAACUCGUUAUCAACAUAUGAACCUCAUUGCUGCAUCGUUGUCUACUCGAUCGUGAAUCGAAACUCGUUCCGCGUUGCAGAAGAGAUCCUCAACUAUUUGUGGUCGGAAAACUACACCAAGGAAAAGGCGGUCAUCAUCGCGGCCAACAAGUCCGAUCUGGCCCGCUCCAGGGUGAUCAACACAUCAGAGGGAAAACAGUUAGCCACCUCGCGAGAGGCGAAAUUCAUCGAGACAUCCAGUGGAAUCCAGCACAACGUGGACGAACUGCUGGUGGGUGUAGUGAAACAGAUUCGACUGAAGGAGCAACGCGAAAAACGUGCCAGUGCCACCAACUUGCGGAACUCACGCACCCAGAUGUCGCUGCACAUUGCCAAGGAAAUUUUGCACAAAAUUUGUCUCACCGACAUUACCAAGUCGAAGAGUUGCGAAAAUUUGCACGUUCUUUAAAUCUGAAAGCAAACACCUGAUCAAAUUACCAAUCAGCCACUCGCUGCCCGGUUUCUUCAUCCUUCUCCAUUUCCCUUCUUCCACCACACGAUGUCUAGCAUUAAUGAAGGCAAAUUGAAGCGCUUCUGUUUUGUUACGGUCGAUUGAAAUCAUCAAGCAGGUAAUUUUUAUCAGCCAGCCUUGCCCUAGUUACCGGAGGCUCACAAACACGCAACUCUAAAAAAAAAUUGGAUGUGAUAAAAAAAAGUCGUAAUCGACAUCCAUUAUAAAGAAAUCUUGUUUAGAGAGAUAGGCACAGUGUCGGACAUGACUAUCAAAACCAUAGGCAGCUAACAGCGAAACGAAAUGCCACAUUUCACCACACAACCAUUAUUUACUGCCCACCUGAGACACACAAAUUCCACAGCUUUCGGACGAAAGUGACGAGGUGAGAGUGUUUAAACGCACUCGGGAGACACAAAACGUAAUGCAAACGUAUUUUGCCACCUUUCGCCCAGCAAUUCGGCGUGUGGCAGCAGAUGUGUACCAAAUUUGACCUCAUAACACGGUUCACGUUUGGUCCUUUCAGUUAUCAUCAAACCGAAUAACCUGUUGCUCGUUGCAGUACAAAAUUGUCGUUUGAGCAGAGUGGCGUCACUUGAGGAGAGAGCAAGGAUAGUUUUUUUUCUUGUUUUCCUGGAAUGACGAUUGAUAUUUGAUAGCUGAAAACUAGUUAUUCCAGAAGAAAAAAUUUUCGUUGAAGUACAGUAAGAAUAUCAGAGGACCGGGAUGGCUUCCGCGGAGAGUUCGUCAUUUUUGAUCAGAAGACAUCAGUUUCUAAGGUACAAUUGUAUCCUUGAAAGAACUUUUACACUAAAGUUGAAUCGAUCCAAAGUUACAUUUUGUUAAUUUUAUCGAUAGCGGAGUAAACAACAGAUUAGAUAAUUUGACGUUUGUCACGUAAGAUGUUAACUUAAGAUAUUGGUAACAGAGGAACGGCACUCUUUUUCAUGCAACCGAGUUUAUUAUUUGAGUUGAAUCCAUCUUGCCGUCCAUCAUUACGUUUUCAUAAUACGAUAUGAAAACAUUCAAACGUGUGUUGUGGCCAGUGCCGUAAAAUUUCAUUUAAUUUCAUUCAAUUGAGAUCGACUAUAAGGAGUGUAUCGAAAAUAAGCUAUCCACAAUUUUUUCUUUCAAAUUAUGUUUAAAAACGAUAUUUUAUUCAAACUAAAAAUUGAUCCUUCAUUGUACGAUGUUAAACUUGAGCAUAAUGAAAACCGGAUUAAAUUUAAGUUAAUUCUUCACGAAUUUUCGAACUUUUGAUCGAACGCUCUUCAUCAAGUUCCGAACAAGUGUUGCAUCGCAUUUUUUGGACGCUUAAGCAAAAAUUUUGUUGAACUCCUGCAUGUUCCCAGCUGCCUCCCCAGGUUUCCUGAAAACCCUUUUCACGAUUGCCCAGUAACGUUCGAUGGGUCAAAGCUAAAAGCAAUUUGGUGGAUUGAUAUUUUUCUAACGAAAUUUAUACCCUUUUCCGCAAGCCAAUUGAGAGUGGUUUUGGCAUAGUGAGCCGACGCUAAAUUCGGCCAAAACAGUGGAGGUGUACUAUGCUUCUUACAUAAAGGCAGCAAUCUGUUCUGGAAACACUCAGAUCGAUAGAUUUCCGCAUUUAUAGUUCCGGUAGUGUAAAAAUGGUUGACUUCAUACCACAGGAACAUAUUGCUUGCAGUACCUUUCGACCGAAUUUCUCCACUUGAAACGACCUGUCCGCAUUGCUCACAUCCACCCCAAUGAUGACAGUAAAGUAUUGUGGGCCUGGAACAGUUUUUGAGUUCUCCUUUACAUAAGUCUCAUCGUCCAUCAAAACGCAUGCAUUCGGACACUGCAAAAGACGCGAAUACAAUUUCCAGGCACUUGUUGCUGCUCGCUUCUUCUGUUCUACACUUUUUUUCGAAUUUCUUUUUUGCUUCUUGUAGAUCUUUAGGAGGUUUCGCCUCUUGAUACGCUGGAUCAUUGCGACACUCGUUCCUGCUUUUUUGGUCAAAUCACGUGUUGACAUUGAUUUGUUCUUCAUGAUUCGAGAUACCACUUUCUGGUCCAGUUUCGGGUUAGAAGAACCGGGUUUUCUGUCUCUUCCUGGUAGCUCAUCCAAAGAAUAGUGUUCCCCAAACUUAUUAAUGAUGGUUUUAACACUGGCAUGAUGAAUUCCAAACCGCUUCGCAAAUUUUCGCAUAGCAAUACCAUUCUCACUUAGCCAUGUGUCUAGAACCUUAAUUUUCACUUCCUUUUCAAUACACGACAUUUUGAAAACGCAGAAUUUCAACCACGCAAACAAGUAAACAAACGAAAGUUGACAGCCAAACGCACAGCAUGCUAUGAUCUGAGCAUAAAAAACCAUUACAAAUACAUGCGUACAACACAAAUGUAUGUGGAUAGCUUAUUUUCGAUACACUCCUUACACAGCCGAUCAGUUGACUGUACUAUACUUCAUACUCAAUACAUACAUCGUUCACUGACACACUGAACACACAGUUAUUCAUCUAUUGCACCGUCAAUUGAAACUCAGUUGAACCAACGUCAGUUUCUCCCUUGAAAUAACGAACAUCUCUUUCAAUUGACUGAAGGACUGCCCAUCAAAUGAACUCUUAGUGAAUCUAUUCAGUUGGUUCAAGAUAACAAUUGAAUGGUAAACACGGUCAAACACAGAAUGUACUUGAAUUUAUUGUUUUAUACUCCAAUCUUCAUUUCUAAUACUUUGGAAUACGUCUCAGUGCAUACCAAAAAUUUGAAAAUUAUACAUUCACACUUCCUGACGAUAACUGUAAACUCAAAUGAAACCCGACAACUUAUGUUUAUUGCACCGAUCGGAAUAAUUUUCUGUCAUCGAGCUGUUGUUCAUGCCAACUCAUUCGAACUUGUUCACUGUCGGCGGCUGAGACAGAGAAACAGAUAGAUUCAUUGACGCUUGAAACGAAGAAAGCGAAACUUCAAAUUACUAGGCAUGGUUAUUCAAUUGACGAUGAAUCCAGUGGAUUCCAUUUGAUUAUGACCACAAAAGUCAAUUGAAUGAGCUGGAAUACACUGACUGACAGUGAAAGGCCCGUUAUUUCAUCUAAAUAAUUUCUUUCGAAAAUGACAUUUUACCGCACUGGUUGCGGCCAUUAGAUAUUGCCUCUACAUCCUGUUCGAUUGACCGGAGAAGUGAAUCAAACCGUUAUCUGUUUUCACAUAGAAAAUCUGGGUUUGUUUUACAUGAAUGAAGACGGAACCUGUAUCGAAUAUUUCGAAUCUGACAACUAGCUUAGUGCUCUUGUUCUAGAUGCAAAAUUUUCAAUCAAAGAAAAACCUGGCAACCCCUGCACGGUGGUUCAAAUGUCUAAUGCCACCCUCUUAUUCAAUAUUCAAUAUGUGAUUAUCGAGCUUAUAUCGUAAGGGAACAUGGAAGGGAAUUGUGAAGUGGACGAGGCGGGAAAACAGCAUAAAAAAUAAAGAAACAAAUCGUUAUGCAUCCCCGAAAGGAUGCUGAACGAUCUGCAGGUGCCAAAAUGAAUAGUUAUUAAAACCCACAACCACCAAAUCAAUGAUUUUACAAAAGCGGCACCAUUCUACCAGGAAGAACGAGAAACCCCUCUGACUAUAGCUCCUUACUACAUUGGGUGAGAAACGAUAGAAUAUCCUUUAAUUUUAGCUCCGCAUACGCAGACUCAACCAUGUAUGAAGAACCAAAAACCCGGAUACGUAGUUGCGUCAAUGCGGGACAGUUACAUAUCGGAUGAUAUGAAGUACCGUAAUCACAUUCACACGAAUAAUACUCAGCACGCUGAAUAGUAGCCAUGUGAUAAUUGAGUUUGCAAUGUCCAGUCAGAGCUCUGACCAGAGCUAAAUAAAAGUCAUUUUCAUUGACUGAAAAAUAGACGAAAAUGACAAGAAAUUACUGUCACUCUCAGCUUCGCUUGCAAACGCUGAGAACGAAAUCCAUGUCCAGUCAAUGACAUAAGCGGGACAGUAGUUUCAAAAUUGUGUUUUUUAUUUCAUUUGCCCUUUCAGUCAUUUGCAGUUUUCAGUGAAAAUCCCAUAGUAUGCAGUGUCGAUAUUCAACCAAAGCUGUGAGAAUUGAAAAAGGUUUCACAAUAAGUUUCAACUGUUGGUGCUAGAAUUUGUAGUAGUUUUGGUUUCCAAAGAAGUUCUGAGAUGUAAUUACUUCGAUUUGCCAUAUUUUAGUCGCUAUUUAAAGCCAAGCGUCACAUAUUUUCAAUACAUCGAUGAAAGAAUGAGAAUUGAAAUUCUGCGGUUGCUACUUGAAGAUGUUAGUUUGGUUUCGUCUUGUCACAGAGGAAAGAAUGACGUUGGCAAUCAUGCUCUCUCAUUUUUUCGAUGAGAAACGAAAAUGCUUCGUUUCUGUUCAUUUGUUCUGGUGUCGGUCAUUUACGAAUGAGACAGUAAAACAUUGAAAAUGAGACUGCUGGAAUGGUUUCUUUCAUUGAGAAUGCGUGACAAUUUUAAGCUCUGGCUCUGACCAUAACACUGCAAUGAUGCUUGGAAAAACUGGUUACUGUUCCAAAGCCCUGUAACCUUAACACGGUAUGCACAAGAUCUUGUGCAUAUCGUCUUAAGGUUACAGGACUUUGGAACAGAAACUCUAUAGACUAUGUUACUAGCCAUACUCGCUUGUGAUCUUAAAUGAUUACCUGGGAUAAGUCCUAGUAACCUAAUUCUCAAGUGCAGUUUUUCUUUCAAAACAUUCAGUGUGGGAUAUCCUCUUCGUGAGGAAUGGUUGUCUGGUUAUUUGGACCGACAACUUGAUGAACACAUAGCUUGUUAUACGGACAGUUCUCCGUUGAAUGGUCAUGCUGGAGCUGAUGUCUACUGUCGAAAAUUGAGGCUAGAGCAGUCUCAUUUACUUGGACUGUACUGUGUUCCAAGCAGAAAUCGACGCGAAUCUGUGUGGAAUACAAUCGGCACUUCAGCAGAGAAUCUGUGAUUAAAAUUAAGGUCUGAGGCCAGUGUUUUUAGGGUGUUUUAGAGGGCUGUUUUCACGCUUCAAAUCUGAUUUUCUCAGAAACGGUGACGAAUAUAAAAAAAGUUUCAACUGACAAUCUCUUAAAAAAUUACUUAGAUUAUUCUAUGAAUAUUUAAGAAUAAUUCAUUCACUUUAGCGGUCGGAUAAGUCUUUUUUCUAAAGGAAGAAUUGCAUAGCGGAAAACGGCGAUAAAAAUUAAGUGAAUAUUAUUUUUGUGAAGGUAAGUCGAUUUCUAUGCACGCGCCAUUUCUGGUAACGUAACGAAAAAUGAGAGAUAAAUAAGAUCAGAAAGACUGCCAAAAAGGCUUAGCUUUAUUGGAUGGAGACACAUUUUAUGCUUAUAUAUGUCAAUUCCAUUCGACCGAUUGAUGUACUCACACUUGUACCCGAAAAUAUCGAAACUUUUCUGGCCACCCGGCCCAUCGAGAGUCAUUUUGCACAUAUGCAAGCGAGCAUGGAGAGACAUAUAAUUCGCAGUGCGCACACGUGGUCUCAUACGCGACCUACUGGCCGAAGCUCUUGAAGUACUAAUGUACUAAUGUACUACUAAUUUUUUAUUGGAAAAAAACUGGCAACCCCCGCACAGUGGUUCAAAUGUCCAAGUUCACGCUCUUAUUCAAUAUCAUCUUAAAAGUGUGAUUAUCGAACGUAAGUAACUCCAGCAAAGUUACUCAUAAUGACUCACUCGCGCAAUGUUUUGAUGAUUCGAUUUAUGUAAUUAAUCCCCCUAAAAGUGAGAUACAAAUAUCAUAUUUGCUCAGGGUCAAUUUCAGGGUUAAGUAUCUUAAACAAAAUUGUGAAGAUAGUAAUUUCAAACAAAUUUGCCAAAGACCCCAUACCCGUACCUCGAGUCAAAAGUAGUUUCUCAAAUGUGUCUACAUAAAAUAUGUUUUCAUAAGAAACAUUCUAUGGUUUUGUCAUGUUCUACACGGUUAUCUAUUAUUCAAAACUACAGAUCUAUUUUUCAAUUUGCUUUGCUCAUAUUAAUUCAAUUUAUUGAAAUAGAGUAAUUUUUCAUGAUAUCAUCUGCAACUCUUUGCUACUUUUCCAAAUAAACAAUUCAGAAUUAUGAGUAAAAAUACAUGACAAAAUGACCUAUUUCAUUACAUUGAAAUGAUAGAGACAUAGUAUGUUCAGCAAAGUAGUGUAGUUUUGAAUAAUAAACAACUAGAAUAGCAUGAAAAAAAACCUGUUUUAAUCCACCUAGUGGUGUAACAAUGCCUUCCUCAUGUGACUUAUAUUCUCGGCAUUAUUACUGUGAUAUUCUCGGUAAAACUGCUCAUUGAAUAAAAACAAUGAAGUUUGUUCGGAAGCAAACUAGCAAAGCCUAGAAAUCGAAAUAUUUUCGUGUCAAAGAUGCUUUAUCAUUUUUUUGCAGCAUCGGCCAUAGUGACGGUUUGAAAUUUUAAACGCACUUCUCACUGUAGUCCCGGAUUACAUUUUAUUUGGGCUUUUUGUUUGUGAAAAUCGGAAGAGCCGUUGCGGAGGAAUGUGAGUGUGUUCUGUUUUGGAGUCGUUGGCCGCAAUUCCAAGGGACAAGGUAAAUCUGAAGUCAGUUCGUUCGGUCAGCAACUGAUAUGACCUACGAACUGUAACAGUUUUGGGACCAAAUUAGAAGAUUGUGUACUUUUUGGCAUCGUCGCACUGUACGACGGCAUGAAAUUUCAAACACACAAAUUCAGCAAUUCUAUAAAGGAUCGUAAGCUCCUUCAUUUGAUUUCAAGUUUGAGACAAACGUUUGAGCCGUUGUUGAGAAAAGUGAGUUAGUUCUAGUUUGAAGGUUUUGACCACUAUUUCCGGUACUUCCGGGAACCGGUAUACCCGAUGUGAGUUUGUGUGGUAUUCAAGAGAAAUUAAUUUACUAUUCUUGGAAAAUUAAAUCAUCUUCACAUCUUUUUCUAUUAAAGGAAACUAUUGACUUUGCAAUUUUUUCCCUCACCACCCUUUAAUACCGGAACCGGAAGUCGAAUCAAUACAAAACUUUAAAAAAAUUCUAUGGGACAACAGUACCUUUCAUUUGAGUCUAGGUUUGUGAAAAUCGGGUCAGCCAUCUCAGAGAAAAGUGAGUGCAUAUUUCUCUCUCUCUCUCUCUCACACACACACACACACACACACAUACACACACAGAUACAUGUUGCGCACUCGACGCACUAAGUUGAAUGGGCCUCACAGAAAGGCAACACCAUAUAAAUUGCAAAAAGUUUUCUUAUAAAAACUGGUCUUAGGAAACCCAUUUAAGAAAAUACUUUACUAUAUAUUAGGGGUUGAAUUUAGACGAUGGGUUGGAUUUCCAACCCCAAACGUAGGGUCAGAAAUUUUUUUCUGACCCAAAUAGGCAAAUAACCUUAAGGUUAAAAUCUCUAUAAUCAAAACAAAAAAAAAAUACAUUAUAUCAAGAAUUUAACACAAUUUUGUUAAGGAUAUUUAACCGUUAUAUUGACCCUGGGCCGAAACGAUAUUUGUAUCCCACUUUUAGGGGAAUAAAACACAUAAAACUUAUAUUUCAAAGAUGGGGCUCAUAAUUCUGAGCUACUUUGCUGAAGAUACUUUGCUUGUAAAAUCACGCUUCUAUGGUGUAAUUUAGCUUUCAAUACCACUAUUAAAAUUUUCUAAAAUGUUUGAUAUGAGUGAGCAUUAUGGAGAAAUUUAAUGCAAAAAUAAUGCCUGAGUUGAACGAAUCAUCGCACAAAGAGUAUCGUGCAAAACCGACACAUUGAAAUACGAAAUAUUUUCAGUGGUUGAGAGCGGUGGUCUUAUGACGUGUUUUGUUCGCUAGUAAAGCAGGCACUAACUAGGUAUGGUUGUAAACCUUGAUAUUUUCAAUUGACUAAUAUAAGCGAAACACAUUUGUGCAUGUUGUUAAGGACGGUCAAUUUAGUAUUUCAAUUUUUAACCACACUGCUCUUAUAAUUGAUAUUCUCGCAUAUGGCAAAAUUGAUUUGGCAUGAUGGCCAUACUUCACCUAACUGAUUCCAACUAUGCAUAAUUUUAUAAAAGAGGUGAAUAAUAUUCAGUAAUGGAGUUACAACUGCCUUGUAAAAUGUCCAGUGAAAUAUCUAGUUAUCAUGCAUAUCAUAUCAAUAUAUUGGUGAAUAAUAUUUUACAAUUUCUCAUGGAUUUUUGAAGGAAUUCUAGAUUGUUUUUGUCCACAUUUGGCCAAUGUGUAUGUCAAUAAUUUACAGUUUGAGAAUUCUUAAAAUCGAAGAUGACGACUUUCGUUUUGUGAAUAUUCUUUCAAAACGCUAUACAAUUCAUGUUUCUGAGACUUAAAUUUAGAAAUCCUUGAUGACUAAUAACGAUUUGUUAUAGAUUUUUCAACUAGUACAAGCGAUUAUCGAUAUUCGGAUGUGUGGCAAAAAUAUGUCAUUCGUAUUCAUGUCAUUCAGUUAUGUCUCUGACAUUACCAUCCCGUCGUUUUUAUGGGGCAGCUAUGAAACUUCAGAAAUUCGCAUAAAAAAAGGAUAUCUCUGUAAAUUUGCAUAAAAACAUGCAGAAAUUUAAAAACUCGCGAAAAACACUCAAAACUGAACAGAAAGAUUUAAAAUCUCCUCCAAAAGAUAAUGCGCAGCUGUCGAAGUAUUGUCGAUCCACCAUCGCGACCAAUCGGAUGAUUGACACGAUGUUUAUGAGACAUUGUCAAAGCAUGAGUAUAAGCAUAAGCCUGGUGAGCACUUUUUUCUGAUCGCCCCUGUUUCAUACGUAAUAAUUCUUUGUCUUAAUUGCCAAUUUGUAAUUGUUUUUUUUCUGUUGCGAUUGUGAAAUUUUCAAAAUAUAACGAUUUUACAAAUCAAAUUCUGCUUCAAUAGAAGCCUUUUCGAAAGUUUAACCAAAGACAUCAUAUUAACAAGAUAUCCAGCUCUCACAUUUCCCGAACAAAUAAUUGGCAACAUCCUUUUUUGCGAGCAUGUCGCCCUCAGGUGAGUCCGCAUCGAAUUUCAUACAUAGAAGUAGGGGAGAGAAAUGUCAAAUUCGUACGCGCCAAAAUAGCAGGGCUGCGCACCCAUACAAUUGACAUGACAUGUUGAAUGAGACGCCGUGCGAUGGCGUUGCUGAACUGAAGAUUGAGAUCGCUCCAAGCAGACAGGGUCUGGUUUAACACAAGUUGUUUCGUUUGACAUUUGUGUAAAUAUGGAGAUGGGAACAUCUGUGUUGCCAGUUUAUAGAAGGACCGUGUUAUGUAUCGAGAAAAGAUCGUUACUGUCUUGUCUUUAUAAGCGUUUAUGGUAUUAUUCCGAAAAAUAAAAUUUAAAAGUCGAUUUUAGGUUCCAUGUAUUUCCAAGAUAUCUGGCAUGAAAAAUUGAGUUCGGAAAUUUCAAAAACAUUUGAAGUCCCAGAGUCGAUUUGAUUUUGUUUUGAAUGACGCUAGAUCUCGACGUUUCAGCAGUAAUAAGUAGCGAAAGGCCUGAAUAUCUUGCCAACUUACCCAUAGUAGACCAGGUACCCAAAAUUAGAUCAACUGAACAGAAUUUCCGAUGGUUCUGAGCAGUCCAGCUUUUUCGUUUCUUAUCCUAAAAAAUGGCUUGGAACUCGUUAAUUUUGAACUUCACAAUAAGAUAUAACUCGGUUUCGGCUUUCAACCACAGUCCAACACUAUUAACAGAGAAUACUAACCUCGCUCAAACAAAAAUGAGUUCAUAUUAUUGAACAUUUUAAAUACACUCCCGUUAUUAGAUACUAUUUUGCUAGAAAAAUAUAUGUGAACACUGAGCAUACCAAUUCUGCUCAAUUCGACAACCACACAAAACAGCAGUGUUGUACUGCAAUUGUCUAAUGAAACAAGUGGUAACGACUAACCCAGACGCCGUAACAUUGAUGACAAAAAAAAAACAAAUUAUAAAGUGUGCGACACCUGUCGGACAAUGCAAGAAGUCUAUUGCGUCAAAUUAUUAUCUUGAAAACAAACCGCGGACAAACUCAUAGAUAAAACACGUUUCAAUAAUCCUAAACAAGGAAAAGAAAAAAAUCGUCAAAAUAGCCUUAAACCAUGUUGAAAAGUGUAUUGAAAACGCAGUAUUAUGAACACCCCUCAGUCGCUUACUUUCUGACUAGUGUUGCUAGAUGUACGUUACCGAUUUUACUAAUCCUGCAAUUCUUGGCUUCCAAUUAGUUCUAGUUCCAUGUGAUGUUAAUACAUGUAUUGUCUUCAGCGUCAGAUUCAAAAUCAUUUAUCCUCGUGCAUUUAUGUGAACAAGACCAAACUUUUCUUUCCAUUGUUGCUUGUAAUCCACCGCCAACUUGGACAAUCGCUGCUUUUCCUGCCGGAAAAAAAUGCUCAAAACACAUCGGGUUUUUUCCGGAGAUUACAUCACAGUAUGCCAAGAACAAAUUAGACCAGUGAAUGUGUGAAUUUCGUUUGAUAGCUAUCAGUGUUAGAUUAUUGUAUUCGGACCAAUUCCCAUUCAAUCACGUGUAAUAAAAAUUGACAGUUGUCAAACGUGCACUAUAUUCAUCGUCUUGUAAAACAUAACGAAAAGUUGAGUCCAGAUUCUGUUGGGAAUUUUAGGUCUAACUCAGUAGUGAAUUUUAAAACGAAAGAAUCUACUUCCAAAAUUGUUAAUCAAAAAUUCCAAUGAAUUCUGUGUACUUUUGAAACAAAAAAAUGAACAUUUUGUUACCGAAUGAAUACAAAGCUGUAAAAACAAAAACUUAAUCUUAAGCAAUACUAAAAAAAAACCUGUGGGCAGCUCUGUACAAGGUAAUUUUAAAUGUACUGUAGAAUAAAGUUGUUAUGCGAAUUAUUAUUACCGUCCCAUCAAAAUAAACAAGUUAGAUUAUUGUUUUUGUUCUUUCAAUAACUAUACUGUGAUGUAUCUUCGGAAAUAUACCACUUUAUGCAGUAAGUGACGAUGAGUCCAGCGGAAACUAAUCGGAAAAUAAUCUACAAUAAUUGACGGUGUUUAUGAAAUUUUAAAAUAUACCACAGAAAACAGCAUGGCGAUAAAAAAAAACUCAACUUUCAACUUUCAAUACACAUAGAACCGUGUAUCGGUGGGCCUAAAACUGCUCUGUUAAGAAAUAAUUUUACUGAUAUUUGAUACGAAAGGAAAAAAUAGCAUACAAACGUGUAAAUUCAGAUGAACAUAAUCUAAUGCAAAGAAAAGUUUCAAACGACCUAAGUUGGGUAGAAUGAUGUCUGUCAAUUAAAAUCAGAAAUGGAAAUGGUUGACUAAUUGAUUGUUAGAGAUGGAGAGAGAGAGAGAGAAGGAAAGUGGUGAUUGCGUUUCAAUAGCUAUUAAGCAGAGAGAAUCGGUUUUAGGACAAAACGAUGUCUUCAAUGGAUCCAUGUGCUUGUUAACAAAUAGAGGUAGUGUGAUGUAAUUGUAUUGUAGUAGUGAGUCAGAAGUAAAUACUAUCACUGGAGCCAAAAAUACAACAGAGAAAAGACUAUUAAAUAAAAAUUGUUCAAUCGCUGUCCAUUUGUUGGUAUAUUUCUUCCUAGCUAUUUUUAUACAACUAUUUUUAUGUACACAAAGCUAGCAUAAUCUACUUAACAUACAACACAAACUUAUUGAAUUAUUGUUAGACAACAGAAAACACAAGAAGAAAGUAUUGUAAAACUAUUCUACUAUACACGCUUAAUAUAUAUACUGAAAUAUAAUAUGUAAGUUUUUCGGCAAAACUGCAA